UUGAUCAUCUAAAAAUGACGGAACAGGAGGCUGUAAGUGAAUUUGAGGAGAAAUUGAAACUGUUAAUGGCGCCGAAAGAUCAAGCAGCGCCCCCAACUGCGCUAUCAGCCGCAAAGAUACAAAGGGUGCCGUCGUUCCUGCGAGAACGGGAGUGUUUGAAGAAGUACUUUGAACCAAUGUGGAUCUCUUUUGGUCCAAUUCACUACAACAACCCAAAGCUCAAGGUCUCAGAGAUGUGCAAGCUCCAAUUAGUUGCGAAAUUCAUCCGCGACAGUGGGUACAGUUCCUACGAAGUAUUAUACGAAGAGAUCAAGAGCAACAUCAUCGGACUCGAGCAACGCUACGAUGAGGAGGUGAUUCAGCGCUUUACUAAUAAUAAGGAGACACUUAACCGGAUCCUUUUCUUUGAUGGGUGUGCAAUACUGCAGUUCAUAGCUAGCAGUUUCAAGCCAGAUGAGUUAAAAGAGUUAAAGAUCAAGGUUGAACAAGCAACAUUCAUAUACUGCGAUUUGUUGUUGCUUGAGAACCAAAUUCCCUACCGACUCCUCGAGUUGUUGAUGGACAAGAGUAAAGACAAGGUUAAGUUAUCUACUUUGUACGAGUUUAUCAGAAGAAAUGUCUUGGCACCAGUAAAGUACAAGGAAGAAAUAUUCAAAGCGGAGGCGGGAACUAAUCCGGCUCAUCUUCUUGAUCUUUUCCGAUUAGCUCUCCUUCAACAUCCAGCACCAUCUGAUCAUCAAACCAAUAUUAAUGCUGGAGAAACUAAUCGGCAGCCUGCUCAUGAUCGCCGUGACUGUUGUGGACUAGAAAAAUAUUUACUACCCCCGAUCAUUCGGCAAAAGCGAGCUCGCAUUCGAUAUGAUCUAGGUACAUUAGGCAGUGGAGGAGGCGGUGGAGGAGGCGGUGGAGGAGGCGCACCUGUCCAAACCAAUAUUAUAAAAGCUAUUUUGCAGUCAGUUCAAAUCAAACUACCCCUGAUCAGGAAUCGGCAAAAGGGUGUGUCACGGUCAGAUCAUCAACAGGGCUUGAUCGAACAGCGUGAUCAGUCUUUCCGCAGUGUCCGGGAUCUUAAGGCAGCAGGGAUAAACUUGAAACCUAGCAAGACUUGUUCAUUGAAAGACAUAAAAUUUUCUUCCGUGAGCUUCGCGGGCGAGCUGGUACUCCCUCCACUGAUCGUCGAUGACUCGAUGGCACCCAAAUUCAUGAACCUCAUAGCGUACGAGAUGUGUCCCGACAACAUGGAGACAAACUACGAGGUUACCUCUUACAUCUGCUUCCUUGACUCUCUCAUAGAUUACGCGGCCGACGUUAAGGAGCUGAGGACGGCUGGAAUACUUUACAACGUUCUCGGAAGCGACAAACAAGUGGAAAAGCUGUUCAACAAGAUUGCCACCGAUCUGGUACCGGACCCUAAGGUGUAUGCGGAGGUCAUUGAAAAAAUAGAGAAACAUUGUAAGAACAAGUGGAUGACUUGGAUGGCUCAAGUUUGCAGCGACCAUUUCAGUACUCCCUGGACUAUAGUGGCUUUUCUCGCCGCGGUUAUCGUACUUUUCAUGACUGCUGUCCAGACAUGGUUCACAGUCUAUUCUCCACCGGGGUGACGAAUUCCGCAAGAAACUUUAUUCGUAAUAGCCAAAUUAUGAAAGUGAUGCA